CGUGAGAGGCCGAGAGCCAGAGAGUGAAGAUACAGAGAGAGUGCACAGGGUCAUUUGGGCAAAGAGAGGAGUUAGCGUUAGAAUGCGAACGGGGGGUGGGCAAAAAACGGAGGAGUUAGUGUUCUCACCCCAAAGCCAGCUCUUUAGUCCCUACACUGGCCCCCCGGCAUUCAUGAUUCAUUGCCCUCUCUCUCUCUCUCUCUCUCUCUCUCUCUCUCUCUCCCACCAGAGCUUUUAUUUCUGUGAGUGAAAUGAGAGAAGGUUUGUGCCUUCAACUUCCCCACCUUUCGUACUAAAUGAUACACCCACCACCUCCCUUCCUCUGCAAAAUAGCCAUGCUGCUUGCGCUGAAGCCCUUGUUCUUCUUCUUCUUCUGAAGUCCGGGGUGGAAUGGGAAGGCGCACACUUUUUCUUGUUUUCAUUUUCCUGUGUUUACAAGAUAUUUUCUGCAUAUUGGGUUAUGUUUCUGCUAAUAGCUCGCUGCGGAAGCAUGCCAUUGUUUUGACGAAUGCGAAGAAGGAGAAUACACUUCUGCCUUAUAUUUCUCCAAAUGGUUCUCCCCGGCCAUUUAUUCCACUGCUUGCACCUUCUCCUUUGGCACCAUUUAUGAACAGUACUGCACCAAAACUAUCAGGGCGAUGCGGGCUAAACUUCAGUGUUAUCAAUGAUUUGAUGAAAACAACCGCAGUUGAUUGCUUGACUUCAUUCGCUCCUUUGUUGGCCAAUGUGAUUUGUUGCCCUCAGUUGCAUGCUACCCUUGAUAUCCUUUUAGGCCAAUCAAGCAAGCAAACGGGAAUGCUUGCCCUUGAUUCAAGGCAUGCAAACUAUUGCCUAUCAGAUGUUCUGCAGAUUUUAGGAAGUCAGGGAGCCAGUUUAGAGCUUCAGCAAAUUUGUUCAAUUUAUCCAUCUAAUCUUAGUGAAGGUUCUUGCCCUGUUAGUGAUGUUAAUGGGGUUGAAAGUGCUAUUGACUCCUCUAAAUUCCUUGCUGCAUGCAAAAAAGUUGACCCGGUGAAUGAGUGCUGCAGCAAAGUAUGUCAGACCGCUAUUCUUGAUGCUGCUGAGAAGAUUUCCAUGAGAGGUGGAGCCUUAACGAGGAUGGGAAUAACAAAGAAUUUGGCAGAUAAAGCAUCAAGUGUUGAUGAUUGUAGAAGUAUUGCCCUCAGAUGGUUAUCAAGUAGGCUUGACACACUUUCUGCUACAAAAGUACUUCGAAGGGUAUCCAACUGUAAUGUCAAUGGAGUUUGUCCGCUUGUCUUCCCAGAUACCAAAAAUAUUGCUAAAGAAUGCGGAAAUAAGAUAAAAAACCAUACUACAUGCUGCCAUGCUGUGAAUAAAUAUGUAGCUCACUUGCAGAAACAAAGCUUCAUAACCAAUUUGCAAGCAGUGGAUUGCGCUUCAAAACUGGCUCUGCAUUUGCAAAAUGCUAAUGUUAGCACCGACGUUUACAGACUCUGUCAAAUCACUCUGAAAGAUUUUUCUCUCCAAGUCGGAUCUCAAGAAUCUGGAUGUCUCCUGCCAAGUUUGCCUUCAGAUGCAACACUUGACCCUUCUACUGGGAUCAGCUUCACUUGUGAUCUGAAUGACAAUAUCGCAGCUCCGUGGCCCUCUGCUUUUCAGUCACCUUCAACUUCCUGCAAUAAAUCAACUAAUUAUCCAGAACUUCCAGCUGCAACAUCUGCGCAGAUGGGUAAACAAGGAAUACUUAUGAAAUUUCAUCUGCUUUUUACCUCAUUGUUCCUUCUGAUUCUUGUAUGAUCUUCACCGUUCUUCUCCCAUAAAGAGCCAAUUUUCUGAAGAAAUUUCACAUCCUGCAACAAAGAUAAUCUUCAAUUAUGCUAAUGGAAGCAAUUUCUUUAAAGUUGAGUUGCAUACACGAUCAAAUUUGUUAAUUUAGCAGGGCUGAUUAGUCUGUUUCAUCAUUUUGUUUGUCUGUAAACCAUUCUUGUAAAAAAAAAAAAAAAACGCCAGAAGAGCGACUUCCUAAUGCUUAGUAUGCGAUCAUUGUAACAUGUAGAACUUCUUUGAAGCUUCUUCUCCACGUUAGCUUAUUUGCAGUAGUGUAUAUAAUUUCAGCUUGUUGGAAUUUCAGCUUCGCUA